CGCUCUACACAGAGAGAUCUACAGCACUGAGAUACAGCCAUGACUCCUGCAGUAGCCUCAGCAAUGACCAUCUCAAAGGAGCACCUGCCUCUCAACAAUAAGCUGAGAAAGCCAGUGGUGGAGAAGAUGCGCAGAGAUCGUAUCAACAGCAGCAUCGAGCAGCUCAAGACUCUCCUGACUCCAGAGUUCCUCAACCAGCAGCCCGACUCCAAGCUGGAGAAAGCAGACAUCCUGGAGAUGACGGUCAGCUUCCUGAGAAGACAGCAGCAGAAACAGCCUGCUAUCUCCACCAGUUCAACAGCUGUCAGUCAAGGCUUCUCCAGAUGUGUCCAUGAGGUUGUGCACUUCCUGUCCAAAGAUGAGAUGAAGACACAGUCUCAGAGAAAACUGCUGAACCACUUCCAGAACCUGCAGCCAUCAACAGAAGAGAAAUGGAGGGAAAGUGAUCUCCCUCUGCUGAGCUCCACAGACCAACAGGCCAUCAGGAAAGAGAAGAGUUCAGUUCAGAGCGCCCUCUGGAGGCCCUGGUAGAAGUGUAGAAGUAGAGAGACCAUGUAUGGACUUUGCUUCAAGUUCUGCAUGAGCAGAACUAUAACUCAGUUACUGAAUGUUUUAUUAUUGUGUUAUGGCAAUAAGCUUACACCUUUCAGUUUUGAGAAAGCUCACGAAAAUUUUAAGGCGUUUUCUUUUUUAAAGAUUUUCUAAUGAAAAAUAUAAAUGCUUUAUUGUUUGAAAGCAAUUUACAUUUCUGUUUUAGGAAAUUAUGCCAUCCCUCUCAUUUCUGGGAAUCCCAUUUAUGUUCAAAAAGUACUUGUACUUUAUGCUGGAAUCAUUUACUCUAGGAGUCAAGAUUCUUUUAAUUGACCUUCAGUAUGAAGAUGCUUAUAAUGUCUUCCACUAUGUGGUUCUUCUUUUUGAUGCCCAUUCACAAUGAAUAAUCUGUAAAGAGGAAAUAUGUGA